UACCCAAGAAACGAAGACCACUGACCAUUCACACAUUACAAAGUAUUUAGUCAGAGUUACAAUUUAAAGAAAUACAAUACAAUAAACCUUCAAGAUGGUUUGCAAAGGAUGCGGAACUAACUGUAAGUGCACGGACACCAAGUGUGGCGAUAAUUGUGCCUGCAGCCAGGACUGCAAGUGUGUCUGCAAAAAUGGACCCAAGGAUCAGUGCUGCAAAACCAAGUAGAUAUAGAUUUGCCGAUCAAAGGACACCGAAUAAAUGAAACCAGUGGCCAAACCUCAAGCCAAACCCACACAUUUCCCUAGAAAUGUCUGUCAAAAAUGAUAUUUCGCUUAAUUACAGUUUUCGCGGGCGACAGACACACUACUAAAAAUGCAUAAACACACAAAAAUGUCGAGGACAAAUAUAUUUAGUCUGAUGGCAGCAUGA